AAAUUUUGAUAAAGAUCUUGAGGAAAUUCCGAUAUAUUUGGAUUUGACUAUGCUCACCAAUACCAUUCUUCCAAAACAAUUUGAGAAAUUGGGUAAAUUUCUAAAUUAAGAGUCAAAAUAAUUUUGAAGAUGUAAAAAUGUGUACCUCUGUUAUGUUCCUCACACAUUUUGCAAGCAAACUUGUAACAAAACUAGAAAAAAGACAUUGUUUAUUACUCAUUGGUUACAAGAUGAGUUGUAGAUUGGUAAAAGAUAUGCGGUAUAUGUGUUUAUUAUAGUGUCAUUUAGAAUUAAAAUGUUUUGAGUAAUUGAUGAUUCCAUAUAAGAUCCCUAAAUCCCUUAUGUAAUUAUCAAGGGUUUCCUUUGUAACUGGCCCUGCAGUCCGUACCGGGGAAACCUGCAAAUAUGAUACUGGAAACCCCUAGUAGAGACUGCAGGGGCAUGGAGGAGAAGUGUAAGGGAUUGGUCUGGGGAGGAAGCGUGGGGGAAGGAUGGGAAUCUUCUUUAGUAUGGGCAGAGUGGAAGAAGAGAAAUGAUUGCAAGGCCGUUAUUAGCCUUAACGCGAAUUUAAGUACCAACCACGAGGUAUACACACCUUACUGUGUGCCUAAGACCAUGACAUAAUAUGUCCCUCAGUGUGUGAAUGUGCAUUUGGUGUGGAGACUAAGCUCUCAAGAAGUGCCUCAGGGGAAUUGUGAAGGUUUGAGAAAAGGAUAAACAUCUCUAUAAAAGUAUCCAUUGAAGAGAAACAAAUUAUGAUGGGACAAUGGUAGCAGGCCAACCCGCUCCUGUGUCUUAUGUUUCGGGACCGGAAGAACCAAAGGUGGAUUUUUUGCAAGUUUUCCAUCAGACGAGAAACGGGGCGGGUGAAGAACUCGGCACUGAAACUAAAGUCACUCAGCCCAGCUUUGAAGAUGAAAAAGAAGUUGAUAAUCGCAGUUCUACACUGCCCGAAGCUCUGGCCGGGCCUGGUGAAGAACUCGGCACUGAAACUGAAGUCACUCAGCCCGGCUUUGACGAUGAAAAUGAAGUUGAUAAUAGCAGUUCUACACUACCCGAAGCUCUGGCCGAAGAAAUUGUUGUACCUGAACCAAAGAAAUUCUCAUGGCAGGAACCCACCGAGGCAGUUCCAGUAUUAACAGAUGAUGUCGAGACGGAAGUAAUCGUGGACAGCUUAUCCAUGUACUGCGACGAUGGAAAGCACGACUCGCUGCUGUCGGAACAGCUGGACGAGGAUCACAAAGGUACUGCAGUGAGUCCCGCAGUAGACACGGCGUUUCGAUGCAACGUGUGCGACGCUGCUAUAGUCGGGUUCCGCUACACGUGUGUGCAGUGCAGCGACUUGGACCUGUGCGGCGCGUGCGAGGCCGACGGAGCGCACCACCAACACUACGUGCUGAGGGUUCCCGCCGACAGACAAGCGUCCGAGGUCCAGCUGGUGCUGUCCACAAUACGCCGGCACCUCAUGAGGAAACUGGAUCCCAUCACUCAACACGAUCAGGAUCAGGAUGAUGUUAUUAGUCUUAAGUCUGAAAUAAAAUCUGAAGAAGAUAAUUGCAAUGACGAUAAUAAUAACGAUAAUGAUGAUUCGGACAACAAAUCACCUGAAGAUGAUGUGUUAAUGAAAUUGACAUCUCCAGAACCAGCACAAAACAAAAGCGACGAAGCUGCUUCCUGUGUGGAGAUCGGCGAUGAGGCGCCGGCGCAGGAGUGCGACACCAUCGAGAUCUACAUGACACCAGCGGACUUAAUGAAAGUGAAAGACAUCGGAUUGCCGGGAGUACAAAUACUCGAGUUAAAUGAAGCGUCGUGUGUUAAUCUGGCGCCUCCGCAGUCACCGGUUGGACAAGCCCUUGUACUCUCGGCGGCUGCACCGGCAGACUCGCGGCCGCGGGUCCGACAAGAAAUCGUACAACCACAAAUUAAGAAGAGACGCCUCUCGUCUGACCUGAACCGCGACUCAAUAAGAGUGUUCUCCUACAACACGCACCACGUCAAGCCCGACUGCUAUGUCAGGCUGCCAAGAUUGCCCGAUGCUGUCAUGAACCUCACAGAGAUAUUGUCUGCGCAGGCGCAGGCUCCGAGCGGCGACUUGUGGGACAGUAGAGACGAAGACAACAGAUGACAAGCGCGGUGUGUUACAGCCGGGAUAAAUCAUGCAUGAGCGACGUACUCAAUACGUCGAAAUAAACAUGCUCCCAGGGAGAGGUGGAAAAUAAAUAUAAUGAUAUAAAUUGAAA